AGGACCGGGGAUCAAUCAACGAAGCAUCGAAUUAUCGCCAAAAAUCACCGUUUAAAGAAAACCUACAGCAACUACCAGAAAGGAGGAGGGACAGAUUGAGGAGAAAUUUACGACAUCGAACGGGAACAGUUUUCGGCUAGAAACUUUAUAUUUUGGUGGAUUCGACUGUACGUAACAAUUAAUUUAAUUUGUGCCGUGAACGCUGAUUUAGUGAUAUAGGUAUGUUUGCCACGGAAAGCGCCAUGAUAUCGCCGACGCAAGAUCCAGCCGCUGUCAAACGGCGACUCGCGUUCCAAAAGAGUUACAGUCAGGAGCACGGAGGGUCAUGGCGUAGAAAAAGCCUGAUCGAGGACGCGCGGUUCGAAACGGUAACCAAUAUAGAAUUCGCCAAGCGAGAGCGCACAAUCAGCAACAGAGGAUCGAUCAGCGAGGAGGAGGAAGUCUUCAUUCAAAAUGGCGAGACAACGUCACCCGUAGAGACGGAACCCUGCCGUGUCUACGUCAUCCUGGUCACAGUAAAAGAAGGAAUGACGUCUUCACUUUCCCGGAUUAUUAGAGUGUUUGAAACCACAAAGGUAGUCCUUGAACACAUAGAAUCUCGGAAGUCACAAAAAGUUGGCGCCAUCUUCGAUGUUUUGAUACAAUGUGUAUGUUCCGGCCAAAAAGUGACGUCACUGAUGAACGCCAUUCGGCAAAAUCCAUCAACCGUGGAGGUUUCCGUCAUUGGAACGAAAGACACCGACCCUAAAGGUCAGCAUUAUGUCUGCAUCCAUGAACUAGUCAUUAAAAACGUCACUUCCUGUUUUCAGGGAUUUACAGAUGAAGAGUACAAAGCACGCAGAAAACACAUAGCAGACAUAGCGUUUGAAUACAAACAUGGUCACCCCAUACCCAGAGUUCAAUACAGCAAGGAAGAGGUCGACACGUGGGGCCACGUGUACAAACAGUUGAAGGAGCUAUUCCCCACGCAUACGUGUCAUGAACAUAUCGAAGCUUUCAAGGGACUUGAGAAAGAGGGUGGCUACAAUGAAAGCUGUAUACCCCAGUUAGAGGAUGUGUCCAACUUCCUUAAACGCAAAACCGGGUUCCAGCUUCGUCCUGUUUCCGGAUUACUUUCGGCCCGAGAUUUCCUGGCAAGUCUCGCCUUCCGCGUGUUCCAGUGUACACAAUAUGUAAGGCAUGGAUCCAAACCGGACCAUUCUCCGGAACCGGAUUGUAUUCACGAGUUGUUAGGUCACGUGCCGAUGUUAUCUGUUCCUGCUUUUGCGCAGUUCUCACAGGAAAUAGGCCUGGCUUCACUCGGAGCGUCAGACCAAGAUAUAGAACGGCUAGCAACGCUUUACUGGUUUACGGUGGAGUUCGGUUUGAUUCGACAGGACGGACAACUACGAGCAUACGGUGCUGGAACGUUAUCGUCAUACGGGGAAUUAAAGCAUUCACUAUCAGACAGCCCCAAGCAACUUCCGUUUAACCCGGCAGUUACGUCAGUACAGGAAUACACUGACGACGAUCUCCAGCCAGUGUAUUUCUAUGUCGAGUCGUUUGAGGACAUGAUGCAGAAAAUGAGGGACUACGCCUCCUCGAUAAAGCGAUCCGUGGACCUCCGAUACGACCCAUUCACUCAGUCUAUCCAAGUCAUAGAAAAGAAAGAAACGUUAGAGACCCUCUCCACCUCACUCCGAACUGAAAUAGUCAACCUAGAGAAAUUAGUAAAAAGAAUGGACCUCAUCAGCGUUUAGAACCCGGAUAUAGGGUGUUUUCCAUUAAUAUGGUAUUGUGGGUGUCGCUCUCGUCAUUGAUAAUGAAUCGAGUGUUAACGACUGGGUGUUUGAGUAAUGAAAUCGAGCAUUAACAAGUCUGUCAGCAGUAUCAUCGGCGAUACUAUGUUAAUGGAAAUCAUCCAUCCAUACAAAGCCUGUAUUUGGAUAUUAUGAAAGGUUUGCUAGCAAUACAGAACAUUAAAGGGGUGCUUUAGACACCAUGCCCAGGACGGAGGACCCCGUGACACAAUUUCCAAAUGGUCUUGCAACUUUUGAAGUACUUGAUGGUGACUCUCUUUUUUCAGGUUUAAGGUUUAUGUGGAAUCUGUAAAAUUAAUUGCAUAGAGCCACAUUUCCACACGUUUUACACAAAUGGAAAAAAUUUAACCAAACAAAUUCUUGUGUGAAUUUUCGUAGUCAUAAGACCGUUCGUAAAAUGAACUCUUGAUAUUUCCCUGGGGGCAAAUCUCUUAAAAUUUGAUGAAAAAUAAGAUGUUUGAAUGCUCAGUGGUGUUUGAAAGAGCCGCCAUCUGAACAGGAAAUUGUAGGAAAUGCAGAUGAAAGAUACACGAAUGCAAUGUAAUAAUGUAAAGGUCGAACACGGUAUUGAUACAAUAUCGAGAACAUAUACUAUAGAAUCUUUCAUAUAAAAGAAAUAAGUUGCCUUUGGAAAUGCAAAUUUUGUGACACGUUAUAAUGGAACAAUCACAUGAUUUUAAUUACUAUUAUAGACAUCUUCAUAUAAACAAAUGUACUGUACAAUUUUCAUUUAUCUCUUUUUUCAUAAGUUCUGGGUUGUCAAUAAUUUUAAGACAUCUAAACAUCAUAGCUUUAAGAAACAUUCCAAAACGAACAUGGUAGAAUAUGUCUUGUUUGUACAUUAUAAAAUAUAGCUUAUUGACAAGUAACAGUUUGCCUUCCUGAAUCUUGAAUUAUUUAAUAUGUAUGAUUAUAUUACGUUUACCUUUCAUUUACAACCUCAUACUUUGUGUUUAAGUUUAAUUAUGUUUUAGGUUCACGUUGUGUCAAGGUUCAUGCUGUAUUUCAGGCUCAUGUUGCAUUUUAGUUCAUACUAUGUUUUAGGUUCAUAUUGUAUCUGUGUAUAUUGAUCACGUGAUUUUUAGUUACUGCUUCAUUUAUUGCAGCUUUUAUCUGGCUGCUUUGUCUUCAUUUUGAUGACGUCACUAGGUAUUCCGUCAUCUCGAAUGAUAAACUUUACAAAUGGGCGAACAUGAAUAUGUUUUAUGUAGUGUACUCUACUGACUAUAUUAUAAUGUACAUGUAUGUUAUGACGUCAUGAACUCGUUGUGAUGUCAUUAAGUUACUGUGAUGUCAUUACCUCUUUGUCAUAUACCGUAUAUAGUGUAGCCAACUGUAUUCGUUGUAUUAUGUUGCGUAUACUUGUGGAUAAAUAAAUGUUCCAUCAGAUUGAG